AUGUCUAUCCACACAUUUCUCGACCCAGAUAGACGAGAGAUCAGGCUAGCCCGCCUCAUCCAUCAUUCGCUCAAUAGCAUCAAGCAACACCGCAGCAUUAACCUUGAGCUCAAAGUAAUCUCACUAGAGGACUGUGUCCCCUAUUCUGCACUCUCAUACGUCUGGGAAAGCGCAGCCGAUCCUGCAGAAAUAUACAUCAAUGGGCGCUCGUUCCGUGUUACUCAAAACUUAUACAGCGCGCUAACGCAACUCACAAGCAACGGCGUGGAUUCAUGGCUUUGGAUAGACGCAAUAUGCAUUGCGCAGUCGAACGUUGACGAAAAAAACCACCAGAUAAAGCUUAUGCGCGACAUCUAUGGCGGCGCGGAGAUGGUAUAUUUAUGGCUUGGUGCAAGCACGGAAGAGUCCGACCAGGCAAUGGACUUCAUCGCCAAGCGCGGACCUAGGCUCUAUUCAUGCGGCGCGUCAACGAUGCGAUUUGACAGUGAGAAAAGAGCCGUGAAUCACUACUAUAUUACGGAAAGACUGUCUCCUGAAGGGGGACAAGUCAGAGAAGGCCCAGGCUCGGAGUUGAGCAUCGCUUUGUUCGAUGUAUACACAGAAUACCUUGCAAACAGAGUGCUCCCCCUUGGCUUCCGCGACAUCUUGCUCAGACCAUAUUGGAGCAGGGUAUGGAUCAUUCAAGAGGUUGUACUAGCAAAGCAAGCGGUAGUGGUGGCCGGUUCGCGCAUGGUGCCGUUGGAGAUAUUUGACGCCAUGGUCACAGGGAUGUGGGAAAGCGGGAAUGCCAUGAUCACCAAGCUGUCAAUGACGAUGUACCGAAUCAAGGCACUGCAGAUCCGCGAAACGCGGCGGCAGAGGGGUGAUGUUGUGCGACUGGGGAAGGUUCUAUGGGAAUCAGGGGCUGCGCCGGGCCGACCGCAUUAUGCUGCGACGGACCCGCGAGAUAUAGUUAUUGGUCUUCUUGGGGUCCUUGGGAGUGAGGAAAGGCAGGGCCUGUCUGUGGACUACAACAUGUCAUUUGUCGACAUCUUCACCCAGGCGACAAGAAUGAUGAUGUCCAGCGACGAUUUCGAUCUCGAUUCUGUUAUACCCGGCGAUUUGAUGGGCCCGCUGCCGACGUGGGUUCCUGACUUUCGGGAGAUUGGGCGUGAUGGCGUUUGGCCGUAUUCUGUUAAUCAUCUCCAUAGGUUCAGUGCCACUGGGACGAGGCUGCAACCUACUGAAGAUGGUGGUGAAAUGUUGGGAAACGGCCCAGUUCUUCGUCGGUGGGGAUGUAUUGUUGAUGAAAUAACUGAGAUAAUGGAGCCCCCGGAGGAUUUCAAAAAGAAUAAUCGUCGUCUCCCUAUCAAUAGUAUGGAGACAUGGAGACGACGGAUUAUUGACUUUGUCGGACUGGGAAUGACACCUAGCUCAAGCGAAGACUACGUCUGGAGAACCGCAACAAAUGGAUAUCAUCACCUGGGACGGAGUAUCUACGGCCGAGACAUUUCGGAUGGUGUGCCACACUUCAUUCGCUUAAUUAUGCGUGGAGAAGCUAUCGAUAUGUCUAGCUUGACCGUGGCAGCGAGAAACUUUCUUCACUGUUGGAUCUUCCCUGACAAUAAGGAGUUGGACAACGAAACUGCGGCAAACCAUGCGGGACGCUUCCUGCGAGAUGUGGCAGCUGGUGCUAAAGGUCGGACCUUGUUUAAGACGUUAAAAGGCAUGCUAGGCCUCGGCCACGUGGAUGUCCAGGUUGGUGAUGUGGUUACGCUUAUAUGGGGGGUCAAUUCGCCGAUAAUCCUGAGACAGCGAGAGCAAUUAGGGUUCUAUUUUAAGGGGGACGCCUAUGUUGAUGGGAUCAUGAAUGGGGAGUUUCUCGGCACAGAACCCAAAGAGGUUGAGUUUGCCAUAUAUUGA